AUGGCUCCCUUUGAUUUCAAGUCCAACAAACACUUUGUUGCUUCAUCUGAUGGGGUUACCCUCCAAGUCUACGAGUUGACAAAGUCAACUCUCACUCACCCAUCUUCCAUCCGAAAGACACAUUGGAGGGAAGUAGCCAGCAUCAACACAAAUCUCGAUGGUGACGACGGCGGCGGCGAUAACACGGCGGAUGAAACCAGGACAUAUGAUGGGUUGGUGUUCUUCGAUGGCCAUGGGAAAAUUCAAGGGUGGGAAGCAUUGACCAAGCUGGCCCAACACCUGAAGCGGUUAACCUUGAUGGUGAACCCCGGAGGUCACUGCUUCCAAGAUGUGAACGAGCUUGGAGAGUACGUCGACUUCGGAGUUCACUAUCUUCGACUGAACGAUUUGUUCAGUUGGCCCCAUCAUGGAGUCGACCUCACCAGAACUGACAUGUGGGGCAGUUCGGAGUUGAAGUACCACGAUCCCAGACAUGGUCAGCGAUCAAAGCAUAUGGAAGGAGGUAGCGGAAUCAGUAUGGAGAAGUACAAGGAGUUGAAAAGGCUGCUGACGGAGAAGGAUGAGAAACUGGUGAAUCUAAAAGAGGAGAUGGAUGACGAGUUGCAGAAUCUCAGAGAGAAGAAGGAAGAUGAGUUGCAGGAGUUGAAAGAAGAAAUAGGCAAGCUCAACGAAGCAAAAGAAGAAGAAUUGAAAAAGCUAAGAAAAGAGAAGGACGAGGAGUUGCGGAAAUUAUCAAAGAAGAAGGAUGUUGAACUCCAAAUGCUGAGGAAAGGAAAGGACGGUGGAGCUGCUCUGCAAAAGAUUCGAAAGGAGAAGGACGACGAGUUGCGAAAACUGAAGAAUGAGAUGGAGGAGGAGAUGGAAAAGCUGAGGAAAGAGAAGGAAGAUGAGCUCGAAAAGUUAGAAAAGGAUAAAGAGGAAGAAACGUUGACCAGGCUGAUGGAGAAGGACGAUGAAUUGCAAAAGUUAAAGAAGGAGAAGGAAGAGGAGUUGCGGAAGAUGGUAAAGAGAAAGGACGAAGAGCUGCAAAAACUCAAAAAUGGUAAAACUGGCGGAGCAAAUUUGCAAGCGUUGAGAAAGGAGAAAGAAGAGGAAAUUCAAAAACUAAAACGAGAGAAAGAUGAAGAGAUCGAAAAUCUGAAGAGACAGAAGGACGAAGACAUCGAGAAGGCGGUGAAAAGGAAAGAGGCUGAGACCCUAUGCGAGAAGAAUGAAGAAUUGCGGAAGCUAAGAAAGGAAAAGGAAGACGAACUUCGAAAAUUGAUGAAGGAAAAAGAUGAGGAGAUUAGAGGGAAGCCAAGUAAGUACACUGACGAGGAAGUGGAAGAUAUGAAGAAGGAGUUGGCAAAGCUAAGGGACCAACUAUCAUCGACGAGCACCGUUAAGAGCUCAUCGGUGUUGUCACCUGGUGGCAAGGUCCUAUACGGAGUGCCCAACAACGAGGAGUGGGCGUUCCACGUCAGUCACCGGCGGCCCGUGCCACAAGAAACGUUCAUUUGUUUUACAAGCCAGGUAUUACGUCACCACGUCAAGAUUUUCCACUUGCCUACGCUGACGGAGCCACGGCUGAGCAAUCUCUAUAGUCUCUAUCAUUCAGUUGACGAAGGAAUCGCUGAAGAGUGGCUUGCUCCACCUGAAAAAGGGGUACAUACGAAUACUUUCGGUCAAGGGCAGUUCGACGUGAACAACUGGUGGUUUGCGAAGACGUCUCAUCCUGAAGGCGGGACGACGAUGAUGGCUUAUUACUAUGGGGAUCGGUAUUGCAUACAUAACCGUCGCUGGGGAACCAUUCGGAUUCCGUAUCCCAAUGGUGUUGAUUUGGCUGCGAACCGGAACUUUUACUUGGCUAAUCUCUGUGGCAAGAUCGUGUUUUGUUUCACGUAUAGGAAUUAG